GAAAAGGGGGAAGUUUGGGAUUGCCUCUGGAACAAGUUGUGUUGUGUGCAUCGAAAGUUGAAGUUGCAGUUGCAGUUGCAGUUGAAUCCCAAUCUCAUUAGGUUUGAUCGUAACUGAAUCGAUGGAGAUGGCCAUGUUAGAGGUUACGAGCUUCGAAGAAGAUCAGCUGGCGUCUAUGAGCAAUGAUGAAAUCGUCAGAGCUUCUCGUCUACUCGAAAACGAGAAUCGCAUUCUCAAGGAAGAGGUUCAGAGAACUUCUCUGGAAUUGGAUUCAUACAAGGAGAAGAUAAAAGAGAAUCAGGAGAAGAUUAAGCUUAAUAAGCAGUUGCCCUACCUCGUUGGCAACAUUGUUGAGAUAUUGGAAAUGAACCCAGAAGAUGAAGCUGAAGAAGAUGGGGCCAACAUUGAUCUUGACUCCCAAAGGAAGGGAAAAUGUGUCGUGCUAAAGACAUCUACUCGACAGACAAUCUUUCUUCCUGUUGUUGGGCUUGUUGACCCUGACAAGUUAAAACCUGGUGAUCUGGUUGGUGUUAAUAAAGAUAGUUACUUAAUUUUGGAUACCCUACCUUCAGAGUAUGAUUCUCGAGUUAAGGCCAUGGAAGUUGAUGAAAAGCCAACGGAGGACUACAAUGACAUUGGUGGGUUAGAGAAGCAGAUCCAAGAAUUAGUUGAAGCCAUUGUUUUGCCAAUGACCCAUAAGGAACGGUUCCAGAAAUUAGGAGUCCGUCCUCCAAAGGGAGUGCUCUUAUAUGGACCUCCAGGGACUGGGAAAACAUUGAUGGCCCGUGCUUGUGCAGCCCAAACAAAUGCUACUUUUCUGAAGUUGGCAGGCCCACAGCUGGUCCAGAUGUUCAUUGGAGAUGGAGCAAAACUUGUCCGUGAUGCCUUUCAGCUGGCAAAAGAGAAGUCUCCAUGCAUUAUAUUUAUAGAUGAAAUUGAUGCAAUUGGAACAAAGCGUUUUGAUAGUGAAGUAAGUGGAGACAGGGAGGUACAGCGAACAAUGUUAGAAUUGCUCAAUCAGCUUGAUGGCUUUAGUAGUGAUGACCGGAUUAAGGUGAUUGCAGCAACAAACCGUGCAGAUAUUCUUGAUCCUGCGCUUAUGCGUUCUGGUCGAUUGGAUCGAAAAAUUGAGUUCCCACAUCCAACUGAAGAAGCAAGAGCCCGUAUUCUACAGAUCCAUUCUCGGAAGAUGAAUGUUCACCCAGAUGUCAAUUUUGAAGAAUUAGCUCGCUCUACAGAUGAUUUCAACGGAGCGCAACUAAAAGCUGUCUGUGUUGAGGCUGGCAUGCUGGCCCUUCGCCGAGAUGCAACUGAGGUGAACCAUGAGGACUUUAAUGAAGGUAUCAUUCAAGUUCAAGCAAAGAAGAAAGCAAGCUUGAAUUAUUAUGCAUAAGUACUCAAGGCAAUGGAAAACCAGCAACGAUGUUCGACAUUUGUUUGCUAGUGUCAAUUUUACUCGAAUCAUAUGUAACGUAUAGCUUGUCAAUAUAAUCAUUCAACAAUUAUCGAGCAGCAGACCGCAUGACAUUGAGCAGGCUAUGCAGAGUGCGGCUUCUUAGUGAAGUCGAUAUCUCGUUUACAAGCUUGAAUAGACAAGAAGAAAAUAAUAGAAUACAUUUGAAGAUAA